UCUCUGGCAUAGUAUUAGUAGCCACAUUACACCAAUUUUUCUCACCUCUUUUGCUUUUACCUCUUUGUUUCUCUUCUUCUUCGUCUUCUUAAACCAUACACUGCUCUGGAGUGUGUAUUCUUGUUGGUUCCCAACGUUAGAGAGAGAGAGAGAGAGAGAAAAAGGAAGACAAUAGAAAGAAGGGAGAAAUAAGAAAGCGAGGGAAGAGAAGAGAAGUGAAGGGAGAAAACGUUUCAUCUGAUACUGCUAGACUCUGAGUAAAGAAAUGACUUAGAUUGUUUUGUUGAUCCAGAAGUGUUGAACUGCUUUUUCUUCUUUGAUUAUAUAGUUAGAUCUGUCGAGGUCGUCUUUCUCUUCUCCUCAGAUUUUCUGAGGAAACUUUAGAGAUAUGAAGCGCUUAAGGGACGACGCUUUUGUGAACCCUCAAUUUAAGCGGCCAUUUGGUUCCUCUAGAGGAGAAUCCUAUGGGCAGCCGCAAGUUCCUGGAGGCAGUGGAGGAGGAGGUGGCAGCGGCGGAGGCGGAGGCGGAGGCGGAGGCGGAGGUGGAGGUGCAGGUGGAGGUGGUACUUCCCAAAAGCUCACCACAAAUGAUGCCUUAACCUAUUUGAAGGAAGUUAAGGAUAUGUUUCAAGAUCAGAGAGAGAAGUAUGACAUGUUCCUUGAUGUGAUGAAAGAUUUUAAGGCUCAAAGAAUUGACACAGCUGGUGUUAUAGCAAGGGUUAAAGAGCUAUUUAAAGGGCAUCCCAACUUGAUACUUGGUUUCAAUACCUUCUUGCCAAAGGGUUAUGAAAUUACUUUGAAUGAUGAAGAAGAGGCCCCACCAAAGAGAACAGUCGAAUUUGAAGAGGCUAUAAGCUUUGUUAACAAGAUAAAGAAACGUUUUCAAAGUGACGAUCAUGUCUAUAAAUCUUUUCUAGACAUCUUGAAUAUGUAUCGGAAAGAACACAAGGGCAUUAAUGAGGUCUACCAGGAGGUGGCAGCACUUUUUGAAGACCACCCAGAUUUGCUGGAUGAGUUCACUAGAUUUUUGCCUGAUUCUUCGGCUGCUGCAUCAGCACCUCAUACUUCUUUUGGCCGACAUUCUUUUCAUCGCUAUGAUGAGAGGAGCUCUGCUGUGGCUACUUUGCGACAAUCACAGAUGGAAAAGCAACGUUUCCGUCGGGAUAGAAUUGUUAGUCCCCAUGGUGAACGCGAUCUUAGUGUAGAGCGUCCUGAUACUGAUGAUGACAAAACUAUGGUGAGAUUGCAUAAGGAGCAGAAGAAGCGUGCUGAAAGGGAGAACAGGGAAAGGAGAAACCGUGAUCAGGAUUACAGGGAACCUGAUAAUGAAAAUAAUGGGGACAUAAGCAUGCAUCGUCUUACUGAAAAAAGAAAAUCUGCUCGGAAGGUUGAAGAUUUUGGCGGCAAUACAGUUUCAGCCUCUUAUGAUGAUAAAGACUCCCUAAAGACCAUGUAUAGCCAAGAAUUCUCUUUCUGUGAAAAAGUUAAGGAGAGGUUACGCAACCCUGAUGAUUACCAGGCAUUUUUGAAGUGUCUUCACAUUUAUAGCACAGAAAUAAUUACAAGGAAGGAGUUACAGAGUUUGGUUGCUGAUUUACUUGGAAAAUAUCCUGAUCUUAUGGAGGGGUUCAAUGAAUUUUUGGAACGCUGUGAAAAAAUUGAUGGAUUUCUUGGUGUCAUGAGCAAAAAAUCUUUGUGGAAUGAGGGACACAGUUCAAAAACACUCAAGUUGGAGGAAAGAGACAAGGAACAUAAACGUGACAUGGAUAUGGGUAAAGAAAAGGAUAGGUACAAGGAGAAGUAUUGGGGAAAAUCCAUUCAGGAACUUGACCUCUCAAAUUGUCAAAGAUGCACUCCAAGUUACCGGCUUCUUCCUGAGGAUUAUCCAAUCCCUUCAGCAAGCCAGAGGUCUGAGCUUGGGGCCCAAGUUUUAAACGACCAUUGGGUAUCUGUGACAUCAGGAAGUGAGGAUUACUCUUUCAAACACAUGCGCCGAAACCAGUACGAAGAAAGUCUGUUCAGAUGCGAAGAUGAUAGAUUCGAGCUAGAUAUGUUGCUGGAGUCAGUCAGCUCAACAGCUAAGCGUGCUGAGGAGUUGUUGAACGGCAUCAAUGAUAAUUCAAUAGGUGCAGAUAGUCCAAUCAGAAUUGAAGACUACUUUACAGCCCUCAAUUUAAGAUGCAUUGAACGCCUUUAUGGUGAUCAUGGUUUGGAUGUGAUGGACAUUUUGCGAAAAAAUCCAUCUCUUGCAUUGCCUGUUAUAUUGACCCGCCUAAAGCAGAAGCAAGAGGAGUGGACUAAGUGUCGUUCAGAUUUUAACAAAGUUUGGGCUGAAAUUUAUGCCAAGAACCAUUACAAGUCGCUUGACCACCGUAGCUUCUAUUUCAAGCAACAAGAUUCAAAGAACUUGAGCACCAAAUCCUUGGUGGCGGAGAUUAAAGAAGUUAAGGAGAAAAAGCAAAAAGAGGAUGAUGUGCUUCUUUCUAUCGCUGCUGGAAGUAGACAUCCUAUAGUUCCAAAUCUUGAAUUUGAAUAUACUGAUACUGAAAUUCAUGAAGACUUGUAUAAACUAAUUAAAUAUUCAUGUGAAGAGGUUUGCUCAACAAAAGAACAAUUAAGUAAGGUUAUGAGGCUUUGGACUUCCUUCCUUGAGGUAAUGUUGGGUGUUCCUUCUCGGCCUCGUGCUUCAGAGGUUACUGAAGAUGAUGUACUGUCCAAGCGUCGUGCUACCAAAGGUACUGGGACAAGUGUAGUAGAAAGUGAUGGAAGCCCAAGUGCUGAUGCUACUACCAUGAAUUCUAAGCAGUCAAAACCCACCUGCAAUGGAGAUGCAGACACUUCACCUGCACGUAUUAAUUCUGGCAGGACUAGCUUCACAAAUGCAGAUACGAUGGCCAAAGAAGAUGGAUUAACAGUGGCUUCUGGUGAGCGGUUAACUAGUUCUGAUGCUGCAGUUGCUACAGGAGCAGAUGUAGCUCAUGGAAGAAUCAACUCGGAAAUAACUUCAGGGCGUGGUGCAACUUCUUCGCGACCUAUUAAUGGGGGAGGAGUUGAGGAUAGUCAUGGGGCGAAGUCAAAUGUUGGAGAUAUUCUAUCAUCAGAGGGCGGUGAUGCUUCAAGACUGCUGGCAUUGGCAAAUGGAGGGUUUGCAGAGGGGUCUAGACAUAAUAGUUUCAACAAGGAUUCGGUUGAUCCAUCCAAAAAUGAGAAAGAGGAGGGGGAGUUAUCACCUAAUGGUGAUUUUGAAGAGGAUAAUUUUGUUGCAUAUCGGGAAAGUAGCUCACAAGUCAUUCCUAAUGCUAAUCAUGGUGACGAAAACAUGCAAUAUCCAAAUGGAGUGGGCGAGGAGAUCUCUUGUCAGGAUGCUGCUGGUGAAAAUGAUGCAGAUGCUGAUGAUGAAGACAGUGAAAAUGUUUCUGAAGCUGGUGAAGAUGUUUCUGGCAGUGAGUCCGCAGCUGAUGAGUGCUCACGUGAAGAGAACGAGGAAGAGGAAGAUGGAGAACAUGAUGAGAUUGAUGGCAAAGGUGAGAGUGAAGGUGAGGCAGAAGGUGUGGGUGAAGCACACUUUGUUGGUGGAGAUGGUGCAUCAAUGCCAAUGUCGGAGCACUUUCUUCUUAACUCUAAGCCUCUCACAAAGCAUGUGCCCUCAGCAUUAAGUGAUACUCGAAAGGCGAAUUCACGGAUCUUUUAUGGAAAUGAUACUUUCUAUGUGCUUUUUCGGCUUCAUCAAGUACUGUAUGAAAGAUUAUUAUCAGCUAAGCAGAACUCUGCAUCAUCUGAACUGAAAUGGAGAAAUUCAAAGGAUACUGAUACUGAUCCGUAUGCCAGAUUUAUGAGUGCGUUAUAUAGUUUGCUUGAUGGAUCUGCUGACAAUGCUAAGUUUGAGGAUGAUUGCCGGUCAAUAAUUGGGAACCAAUCUUAUGUGUUAUUUACCUUGGACAAGUUAAUAUAUAAGUUGGUCAAGCAGCUUCAGACUGUUUCAAGUGAUGAAUUGGACAACAAGCUGCUUCAGUUGUAUGAGUAUGAAAAGUCUCGGAAACCAGAAAAAUUUGUUGAUUCAGUGUAUUAUGAGAAUUCGCAUGUCCUUUUGUACGAGGAGAAUAUUUAUCGGUUUGAAUGUACAUCUUCUCCAACCCGUUUGUCCAUCCAACUGAUGGAUGAUGGAAAUGAGAAGUCUGAGGUGGUUGCCGUUUCCAUAGAUCCAAAUUUUGCAGCCUAUCUGUACAAUGAUUAUCUGUCAGUUGGCCAGGGAAAAAAGGAGUCAUCUGCUGUUAUGCUCAAGAGGAAUAAGCGUAAAUUUGCUGAGAUUGAUGAGGACUCUGCUUUUUGCAAGGCCAUGGAAACUGUUCGAGUGUGGAAUGGCUUGGAGUGUAAGAUGUCUUCCAACUCGUCAAAGAUCUCAUAUGUUCUCGACACAGAGGAUUUCUUUUUCCGAUUGGGAAGGAAAAGAAGAAACGUAUCUGGGAGCAAAUCAGAUGAGCCAAGAGUAAAACGAUUCAACCAAUUUUUGACGGCAUCGUUGUAAUACUAUUAUUAUUAUCUGCCGUCCUCCUGAUAGCAUUGUGUUCGAAGAACUUGGCUGGCGAAUGGUGUCCGGGCAAAGACUCAAGUGAAGCAGUCGUCCGUUUGUAAUUUCUUAUUCCAACCUGCUGAAUAACAUUUUGAGGGCAGUGAAGGAAGGUUAUGAUGGGCUUGUGAGCCGUAGUUUGUACAUAGGGGGUUUUAACCCAUGUUCUUGAAUGUGUAGAGCCUGUGUUUAUUUCACCUGUAUUUGCAUUUUUUUCUUCUCAGAAAGGGGGUGCAUAAGAGACCUGCUGUCUGUCAUUGUUAUAUUUUACAGUUUACCUACCUGGUUCUGGUUCUGGUUCUGGUUCUGGUUGUAGUAGUCUAGUCCCCAUUAUAUCUGGAACAAUUUUUCUGGCAGUUGUUAUUCUGUCACUGUGUUGGCCUUAUGUAAGAAACAGUGAUGAAACAGGAGGUUUAAAGUUUUGUAAUGGAAGUUCUAUUACGACACUGACAAAAUUGUCUUAGGAUU